ACUUUACUCACUCUCUGAAGAACAAGUGAAGGCAUUCUCUCAUCGGCCACAGCUCCGCGCACGCGAUGCCGAUCAAAUGGUUGCUUCACUGGCAGCCCAACCCUGGGGCAACGCUGAGUAGCCAGAUCCUCACCGAGGCCUGCUCCUGCGUUGAAUCCAUCGGUGGAACCCGCGCCGGCCGAUGGAAAACGACGCUUACCUUCUACCGUCCCAUGGCCCGUGAUGGGGUCUCCGCCUCCGAGAGCCCUAGGGAUUUCCUCGGCGUGCAGCUCCAUGAUCUCCCGGGGAAGUAUUAUUUCAUACUCAGAGCGCAUCGGAUACUCCUCGAGGCUGACUCCUCGAUCCAGGCUGUUAUGGAGAAGCUCCAAUCCUACAAGGCUCGCGUCGUCCUGAACUUUGAGGGGUUUCAAUAUCAACUUGGUGACUUCCAAAUACGGGUGGGUAAAUGUGUCCCAUCUCAAUCCGAGAGUUUGAGGGGAAUUAUGAUGGAGGUCGAAUACCUACCUCUUUCAUCCAUAGAGAAAUCCCGGCAAAUCAUGGAAGAAUUCGUGGAGAUAUGGCAGGAAACAGUCUGGAAAAAGUCGUUACCAGGCCACUUUUUGCACAUCGACUCAAAUUUCACUGACUACGGUCUUCAUGAUUAUUACACUCCACAACAUACAGCAGUUCAAUAUGCUACCUGCAUGCAACAACUGAUUGCUGCUGUUAGAAAUUAGCGAACUUCUUCGACAGAACAAUAUCAAUAUCAUAAAAUCAAAUGCCGCGUGUUUCUGAGAUGUAUAAACUCAAAAAUACCCUGCCGGACUAAUUUUGUCUCAUGUUGCUUGCUCUGUAGCACAAUUUCUAUUCUGUGAUUGAUACUAUAAUUUAAGUUGUAGUUUUGCUGCAACAUAUUAACAUCUGUUUUUGGAGUUC